UUAGGAGGGAAUGUGAGCCUUUCAUCCAGGAAAUAUCGAUAUACACAUACAUAAGGUAAUUCACAGAAGCGGCUGCUGCAGCUGGUGGCAGCUUCUCCUCGAGCUGCCUGCCCUCCUGACCUGUGCCUGCUCCCACCCCAGCCACCAAGAUGGGAGCCAAGCACUGCUUUGCCAAGUUCUUCCAGGAUGGGUCCUCCUUCCUCCAUCUGGGUCGGAAAUACCAGUCCCUGGGCAGCAAGGAUGCAGCAGAGCAGUCCGAAGAUGAAUCUGAACUGAAGUCGCUUCAUCAAGAGAAAGAAAUUGAGGCCAUUCCACCCAAAACAGCUUGCCAAUGUCAAGUAGAAGAGCUGGCCAAAACCUUGCAGGUUGACUUGGAGAGAGGACUUUCAGAAUUCUCAGUGCUGCACCGCAGAGUCAAGCAUGGUUGGAAUGAACUUGUGGCAGAUAAUACUGAACCGGUGUGGAAGAAAUACCUUGACCAGUUUAAGAACCCUCUGAUCCUUUUGCUCCUGGCUUCUGCUGUGGUUAGUCUGAUUACUAAAGAGUAUGAAGAUGCCGUGAGUAUUACAAUGGCUGUCAUCAUCGUUGUCACAGUAGCGUUUGUCCAGGAGUAUCGCUCUGAAAAAUCGCUGGAAGAACUGAACAAGUUAGUUCCACCAGAAUGCAGCUGCCUGAGAGAAGGGAAAAUGCAACAUCUUCUCGCUCGAGAACUUGUGCCAGGAGACGUUGUCUGCCUUGCCAUUGGAGAUCGCAUCCCUGCGGACAUAAGACUCACAGAGGUGAUCGAUCUCCUGGUGGAUGAGUCCAGCUUGACUGGGGAAGUGGAACCUUGUAGCAAGAACGAUGGCAUCUUAGCCACUUCAGGAGACAUAAUGACUCUCACCAACGUGGUCUUCAUGGGAACUCUUGUGAGAUACGGCAAGGCUAAAGGGAUUGUUAUUGGAACCGGUGAAAACUCACAGUUUGGGGAAGUCUUCAAAAUGAUGCAAGAGGAAGAGACUCCAAAGACCCCGUUGCAGAGAAACAUGGAUAAAUUGGGGAAACAGCUUACUAUUGCUUCCCUCGGGAUCAUUGGUUUACUCAUGCUGAUCGGCUGGCUGCAAGGGAAACAUCUCCUUGAUAUGUUCACCAUUGGAGUGAGCUUGGCGGUGGCUGCCAUCCCCGAAGGCCUGCCCAUCGUCGUCACGGUGACGCUAGUACUGGGCGUCUUGAGAAUGGCCAAGAAGCAAGUCAUCGUGAAGAAGUUGCCCAUAGUGGAAACUCUAGGCUGUUGCAAUGUGAUUUGCUCUGAUAAGACUGGAACUCUGACAACCAACGAGAUGACUGUGACUCAGCUUGUGACCUCCGAUGGAUUUAAGGCAGAGGUGAGUGGAGUUGGAUAUAACAGAGAAGGGAGCGUGUGCCUUUUGCCAUCUAAAGAAGUCGUCAAAGGAUUUUCAAACAUCUCAGUGGGAAAACUUGUGGAGGCUGGUUGUGUCGCCAACAACGCCAUGAUCAGGAAGGCAGCAGUGAUGGGUCAACCCACAGAAGGAGCCCUCCUUGCCUUGGCCAUGAAGAUGGACCUGGGUGAUAUAAACGAUCGUUACCUGCGGACAAAAGAAAUCCCCUUUAGCUCAGAGCAAAAAUGGAUGGCUGUGAAGUGUGCUUCGAAAAAUCAGGAUCAGGAAGACAUCUACUUCAUGAAAGGGGCCUUCAAAGAGGUGAUGCAGCAUUGCACCACGUUCAACAAUGGAGGGAUUGCUCUGCCAUUGACUCCCCAACAGAAAGCUUCCUACGCCCAAGAAGAAAAGCGCAUGGGUUCCCUUGGCUUGCGAGUGCUUGCCUUGGCUUCUGGCCCAGAACUCGGUGGUUUAACCUUUCUGGGUCUGGUUGGAAUAAUUGACCCCCCACGAGAAGGUGUUAAAGAAGCCGUUGAAGUUCUCAACGGCUCAGGGGUAGCGGUGAAAAUGAUAACUGGAGAUGCCUUGGAAACAGCUUGGGCCAUUGGGAAGAAUAUUGGUCUUUGCAAUGGGAAAAUGAACGCUAUGUCUGGGGAAGAACUGGAAAACAUUGAUGACUUGACGCUGUCUUCAAGAGUCAAAAAUGUUUCCAUCUUCUUCCGAACAAGCCCCAAACACAAAGUUAAAAUAAUAAAGGCUUUGCAAAAGGCUGGGGCCAUCGUGGGAAUGACAGGGGAUGGAGUGAACGAUGCCGUGGCUUUGAAAUCUGCCGAUAUCGGGAUCGCAAUGGGACGGGCAGGCACGGAUGUCAGCAAGGAGGCUGCAAACAUGAUUCUUGUGGAUGACAAUUUCUCAUCCAUCAUACACGCCAUCGAGGAAGGGAAGGGCAUAUUUUACAACAUUAAGAACUUUGUUCGAUUUCAACUCAGCACGAGCAUCUCUGCUCUAAGUUUAAUAACUCUGUCCACCAUAUUCAAUUUGCCAAAUCCACUCAACGCCAUGCAGAUCUUAUGGAUAAAUAUCAUCAUGGAUGGCCCUCCAGCUCAAAGUUUGGGUGUUGAGCCGGUAGACAAAGAUGCUAUCAAAAAGCCACCAAGGAACCCCACAGAUACAAUCCUCAGCAAGUCCCUGGUUCUAAAAAUUAUCCUUUCGGCAACCGUUAUCAUCAUGGGGACCAUCUACGUCUUUUGGAAGGAGAUUCCGGAAAGUGGCGUAACGCCCCGGACGACAACAAUGACUUUCACUUGUUUUGUUUUCUUUGACCUCUUCAACGCCCUGACCUGUCGUUCUCAGACGAAACUGAUUCUGGAAAUCGGCCUUUUCCGAAACCGCAUGUUCCUAUAUUCGGUGUUAGGAUCUAUUUUGGGUCAAAUGGCUGUUAUAUACAUCCCUCCCCUGCAAAAGAUCUUCCAGACAGAGAGUUUACGAGCGUUGGACCUGUUGUUCCUCACCGCCCUGGCGUCUUCGGUCUUCAUCCUCUCGGAACUGGUCAAAGUGUGCGAGAAAUAUUGCUGCGGGUCAAAGGAGGAGCAGCGACCGCUGGAAAUGGUCUGACGAAUAGGGACGCGCCUUGUGUCGACGGCGUGAGGGCAAAGACCACGGGGGUGCAGAGGAAGGGCCAAAUAAGAGACCGCAUAGCCCUCGGGAUUGGGGAAGACGUUCCGAAGAGGCCCCUUCCCUAGUUUCUCAGUCUGUAAAGGUGAGGGCAGAAGACCCGUAUUUCCAGACCUGAAAAGUUCUGCACAAUGUAACUUCACAACAAAGUGGAAUUAAGCUCAUCGGGUCGUGAAUGAUUACGAUAACUGGCUAAACUGGCACGGCUGGAACCUUGCCCCCACCCCCACCCCAAUUGGGUUCAAAGGGGAUGUCAGAUUCUGCAAAGCCCUUGGGAGUCAUCUGGGUCUCUUCUAAUCUCAGAAGGUUCCCCAACUCUUAAUCACAAGCUGAUCCCAUCACCGGCCAUCUGCUCCUGCAAAGUUAAAAUGAUGCCUGGAUGCCAUCUGACAAUUGUGUCCCCCUUCAAAACAGGUCCCCAAAAUGAAGGAUUCCCUGCUUUUAUUUAUUUAAGAUGUAAUAAAAGACACUUGUUCAUAAAGUCUGCCUUGGUUUCUCCUGGGGUUGGGUCAACGGGGUAUUGCAAUCUUGGUGUUCAAUUAGGUUUUUAAAAAAAAUAAACAGUGGCUGGAUUCACACAUUUACAGUCUGCUACUCCACGAAGCUGGAAAUUCACAGCCAACAUCUGUCCAGUCUCUUAAAAACUUGGCCUGAACCUGAUUCAAUUGUUUAUAGUGGUAUGAUUAAUUCAGAUAUGAAAUCCUGAUUUCUGGAUAUGGCACCUCAACAGACACACACACACACCCAAAUUAUGUUUUUUAUGGAGCACUUAAAUUUCCCCCCAGCAAAAUACAAAUCGAUCUGCAUGGAAGACAUUUGGGUUUUGAGAACCCCUGCGAGUGAACUGGGGUCUCUCCAAGGAAUACUGGAAGUUUUGCA